AAAUUAAUUGCGUUCUAGAGCGUUUCUAGUUAACUCUUAUUUAUUACAUAUUUCUAGAUAACUCUACACAUUUCAAAGUAUUUAAUAAUGAAAGAUAAACAAAACUUUACAAAGUCCUUUACUUUUCAAUAAUUAAUAAAGAAAUAAUGACAAAAAUAAUACUCCCUACUACAGAUUUUUGAGUGGGCAUAUAUAGACCUGAUUUCAAAUUAGACAAAAAAAAGACACUACAUUUGAGCAACUGACUAAAAUGUCCCGGACCUACCCUGCGCCACUUUCUUCUGCACAGAACAUCUUCACACGCCUCAGCCAUGGACGCCGCUUCAGCUAUCUCACGCCGCCAUAUCCACCGCCGCAAUCUUCAAUGUAUGGAGGAGGUGACGACCCCAUCUUUGAGGAUGCACCACUAGGAAGGGAAGAUCUGCCGCCUCGACCCGAUAUCCCCUUUGCCACUAUUGCAGACCGGAGACGCUUUCAGGUAUGGGGACAGUACCGCACUCUCCUAGCUCCCAUGAUCUUAGACCAGGCGAUGCUCGAGGAGUGGGGAUACUGGAGUGAUAUUGUUGCUCUGCUGGGAGACUCUUUGUGGCGGAGGAUUCUACUCAUGCAGGAGAGGGCCAGUCUCCCAUUGACGAUGGAGUUCUUGUGCUCUCUACAGUUCACUCACUAUGACCAGACUGUGCAGGAGGGUUCUGUCAUUGGGUCGGAGACUCAGAUGAGAUUCACUAUUAGGGGCAUUGAGCAUUCCAUCUCUGUGGCUGAGCUCGGAUGGAGGAUGGGGCUCUAUGCUCCGGUUUACACCCAGACUGAGGAGUUCCGUACUCUCUCGACCCGUCUACCUGAGGCUUUUGACAUUGAGGAG